AAGAGGAACGUAACUUAAGAUCGGCUUGCAGUUUCCCGUUCGAGUUCCAUGGAUGAACGCGAACGGGCAUAGAGCUCAUGUGCGCAGGUGCAACAUCCAACAGCCCAUGGAUGAAGCAGCUGACGAGUGCUUCCCGGCAAGGCCACCACGGCCGCGUCCUCCACCUCUUCUUCACCCGCCUCCGACCCGGCGACCGCGGUGCGGCGGACCCGCACCCCGCGGCCGUCCCCACGGCGCUCCGCGCCUGCGCGCGCCUCGGGGACGCCUCCGCCGGCCGGCUCAUCCACGCGCUCGUCCUCACCCGGUUCCCGUCCCUCGCCUUCGACGCCGUCGCCGCCACAGCGCUCCUCGACAUGUACGCUAAGUGCGGCCUCGUCGCCAGCGCCCGCAGGGUGUUCGACGAAAUGCUCCGCAGUCACGACCUCGUCGCCUGGAACGCGCUGCUCGCGGGCUACGCGCGCCACGGCCUCCCGGAGCGCGCGCUCACGCUGGCCAUCAAGAUGCGGGGCCAGGGCCUGCGCCCCGACCUGGUCACAUGGAAUGCCGUCGUGUCCGGUUUCGCUCUGGCCGGCGACGACCAGAUGGCCGAGGACUUGGUCCGCGCCAUGCAAGAUGACGGGUUCCUGCCGGACGUGGUCACCUGGACAUCUCUUGUCUCCGGGUCGGUGCUGAACUUUCACUACGACAGGGCGCGCACACUGUUCCGGAGAAUGGUGGCCGCCGGCACCCGCGUCCUGCCAAGCUCGGCCACGAUUGCCAGCAUCCUGCCUGCCUUCGCCAAUGUCGCUGACGUGAAGCGUGGUAAGGAAGUCCACGCCUACGCCGUCGUGACCGGCGUCGAGCAGGACCUUACAGUAAGCAGUGCUCUGGUCGACAUGUACGCGAAGUGCGGGCUCGUGUUCGAAGCGCACCGGCUGUUCGACAAGAUGGUGGAGAGAAGCACGGUGACAUGGACCUCCAUGAUCUUCGGCCUGGCGAAUUCCGGCCACUGCCAAGAAGCCAUCAGCCUCUUCCACCGGAUGCUGGGCGACGGAGCAAGGCCGGGCCACCUGACGUUCACCGCAGUUCUAACGGCUUGCAGCUAUUGUGGCAUGGUGGAGCUUGGGAAGGGCCUGUACCGCGCCAUGAAGGAAGAGCACGGCGUCGAGCCGAGGCUGGAGCACUACGCCUGCAUGGUGCAUCUGCUUGGCCGAGCGGGGAUGCUCGCCGAGGCGUACGAUUUCAUCAAAGCCAUGCCCUUGGAGCCUGACUGCUUUGUCUGGGGGGCGCUGCUGGGAGCAUGCCGGAGCCAUGGCAACGUCAAGCUUGCCGAGCUGGCAGCGUCCCGCCUACUGACCGUCGAACCGGCUAAUGCAGCUAAUUGCCUGCUGUUCUCGGACGCGCUGGUGAGCGCAGGCAGACAGGAUGAUGUGCUGAAGAUGAAGAGGUUGGCUAAGAGAAGGCGCAUGAAGAAGCUCGACGGCUGCAGCUGGCUGGAGUCUCCAUAAGCGAGGGCGAUAUCAUUCGUCUGACAUCAGAAAAUAGCAGAAUUGAUUGAUCAUAGAUUCACUUCAGGUUGACCAUGGCUUCGCGGUUCCUCAGAAGCAAAUGCGCAGGAGGGUUUAGGUUAACCUCUAUCUACCCCCUUCCUACAGUAAUACAUGACUGUAUUGGAUGGUACCGUUACCGUGACUAUUAGAAAAAGAACAUGCUAUGCAGACUACUGUAAUUAGCAGAAAUGUUAUUAUUCACAGUAUUUACUCAA